UCAGUUAGAUAACAGCGGCUGACUUGCGACCAUUGGGAGAUAUUUCAUACAUUUAUAUUUAUACUAUAAAAUACAGAUUUUUCUAUUUUCAUAUAUAACGGACGCUAACCGACAAUCGUCAUGUACUUUUAAUAAUGCAUAAAGAACAAUACUGAAAUCUUGAUCUAAUGUAAUUAAAACGAUAAAGUAGAAGUAAUAACUGUAAAAAUAAUAAUUAACAGUAGGCACAGCUUAGAGCAUCUCGUAUGUUGUCUGUGCCGCUGCAUGUUGUUACACGUAUUAUACUAGUAAUGUAAUAAGUAUGUACGAUGCAGAAAUCGAAAAGCAAUACAUUUAAGAAAUAUAAGACGAACGAUCGUUUAUAAUGCUAAUUUGUUUCGCAAACAUUGACAGUGUACUGAUCAUCUCAGGAAGAACGAUGGAAUGGCAAAAUGAAAAGGAAAAGUGUGGACGAAUAUUUUUUCCCAACGUUUGAAUCAACAGCUGAGCUGGAAUUGAGAGACAUUGAAACAGAGCGAAGAGGGGCUGACCGCCACGCAGCUGUCUCUGCCUCACGCUGCAGCUGCCUUGUCCAGCCGGUGUUGCUUUUUGUCCAGCUGUGCUCCCUUCUAUCUCUUCUGUCCAUCUGGACGUCACCCGACUUUCUCUUAUCUCGCCCCAACACGACGAGCUGGAGCCUGCCGCCUCGCAAUGGAGCCUCCGCCCGCUCUCACCAUGGCUCUUCUGGGAGAUAGCUGUGAGGAAGAGGGGCUGCAUCCCCCGGGCCCCCCAAAUGUGGCACUGCCCACUGCAGACAGCCGCCCAGGGGCCCACCCUUCCAAAUGCCUGGGCAGUGCCAGCGCGGAGAGGCUCAACGGGACCCCCGUCCUGACCAGCCCUGGGCCGCUCUCCCUGCCUCUCCCACUCCCCAAUGCUCUGUGUCCCUCCAGUUCACCAGUGGGCAGCCAGCCCAGCCUGGGUGAGGGUCUGCCUACACCGGGGGGGCUCCUCCCCUCCCCACACUCCCCCUGCUCCGAGCGCGAGCGUGACCGGGGUUCACGACACCGACAGGCCAGCCCCCUGGUGCAUCGGCGGGACAGCAACCCCUUCACUGAGAUCGCCAUGAGCUCCUGCAAGUACAGUGGGGGUGUGAUGAAGCCCUUGAGCCGACUCAGUGCCUCCCGCAGGAAUCUCAUUGAGUCUGAGGGCGGAGUAGAGGCCAGAGAGGGAGGCGUGGCCACACGGGACCGGGGAACUGUGCUCCAAUCACAGAGCCAGCAGCACAACCCCCCAGAGAUUGUCAUCUCCUCUAAAUUGGACUCAUCUCACUGUACCAUUGCCUCCAACCACACUUUGUCUCACAGCCAGGGGGCACUCAGGAGCACAGGUGGUGUGGCCAGUCAGGGUAGCAGCGUGGGGGGUGGGGGAAGUAAACGCAGCAGUAGUGCCCGCAAGGUACAAAAAAGAAAGCACCAGAACAUAGGGUACAAGUUGGGCCACCGGAGGGCGCUGUUUGAGAAGAGGAAGCGUCUCAGUGACUAUGCACUUAUCUUUGGGAUGUUUGGCAUCGUGGUCAUGGUCAUCGAGACGGAGCUUUCAUGGGGAGUCUACAGCAAGAGUUCCAUGUUCUCCCUGGCCCUGAAGUGUCUUAUCAGCUUGUCUACAGUGGUCUUACUGGGACUCAUCAUCGCCUACCAUGCCCGCGAAGUGCAGCUGUUCCUCAUUGACAACGGAGCGGACGACUGGCGGAUCGCCAUGACAACAGAGCGGGUGCUGCUGAUCGCCCUGGAGCUGCUGGUGUCGGCGGUGCACCCUGUGCCGGGUGACUUCACCUUCCACUGGCAGGCGCGACUGGCCUUCUCGUACACGCCGUCUCUGGCCAAGGCCGACGUGGACAUGGUUCUGUCGGUGCCCAUGUUCCUGCGGCUCUACCUCAUCGCCCGUGUCAUGCUGCUGCACAGCAAGCUCUUCACCGAUGCCUCAUCUCGCAGUAUUGGGGCUCUCAACAAGGUGCACUUUAACACGCGCUUUGUGAUGAAGACCCUAAUGACCAUCUGUCCCGGCACCGUUCUGCUGGUCUUCAGCAUCUCCUUGUGGAUUAUUGCAGCCUGGACGGUGCGCGUCUGUGAAAGGUACCAUGAUGCCCAGGAUGUGACCAGCAACUUCCUGGGAGCCAUGUGGCUCAUCUCCAUUACCUUCCUGUCCAUUGGGUAUGGUGACAUGGUGCCGCACACCUACUGUGGGAAAGGCGUCUGCCUGCUGACUGGCAUCAUGGGCGCAGGGUGCACAGCACUGGUGGUUGCUGUGGUGGCCCGAAAGCUGGAGCUGACCAAGGCCGAGAAGCAUGUACAUAACUUCAUGAUGGACACCCAGCUCACCAAACGGAUCAAGAACGCAGCAGCCAAUGUGCUCCGGGAGACCUGGCUGAUCCACAAACACACACGGCUGGUGAAGAAGAUCGACCACGCCAGGGUCCGAAAGCACCAGCGCAAGUUUCUGCAGGCCAUUCACCAGCUACGCAGUGUGAAGAUGGAGCAGAGGAAGCUCACGGACCAGGCCAACACGUUGGUGGACCUCUCUAAAAUGCAGAGCGUGAUGUACGAGCUCAUGUCGGAGCUGAGUGAGCGCAGUGAGGACCUGGAGAGACAGAUGCUGGGUCUGGAGCGGCGUGUGGAGCAGCUGACGGCGGGUUUCAGUGCUCUGCCCGCCCACCUGUCAGCCACGCUCUCGGCCCAGCACAGUGCACUACUGCAGCGGCUGCAGGAAAGGACCGGAGUUGGGCCCCAUAGCCAGAGCAGCCCCAACACCAGCUCCUCCGACUGCUGACAGGCUCUGAAGGACUGUGGGCAGGCCCCACAGCCUGGGAAAGCCCACGACCAACUCCUCCGACUGUUGACAGGCUCUGAAGUACUGUGGGCCGGCCCCACAGCCUGGGAAAGCCCACCGUCAACUUCUCCGGCUGCUGAAGGCAAAAGGCUCAGAGAAGAGCGGUUUAUUGUGUGAUAAGUGUUCCUCCAGCUCCUGGUAACCAGGCUGAGAGAAUCUUUUGGGCCGGCCCCACAGCUUGGGAGGCCCCAACAUGAGGCCCUGCAGUUUUCAGAGGGCAAGAGACUGUAGACUUGACUUGAGGGCAGGCAGGAUCCACACAAGAUCAGAGUUGCUGGCACGUGGAAUGAAAGGAGACCACAGUCCCAGAAUUGACCCUGUCAUAUAUGGCCAAAAGGGUGGAGCUAAGGGGAAGGCAUGGUAACGCCCCCAAGAAAAGACUGGGGCAGGGGCUGAGAAGAAUGUCAGCCCCAAUACCAGCAGUGACUGAGAGCGAGCUGGGGCUGGGGUUAGGGAGGCACGCUUACAGGGGUUUUUUGGAGCAGUAUUGGGAAAAUCUCGGAAAACACCCAUUUAUUGAAGAAAUAUUUUACUACUUUUCUUUUUUCAGCCUGGCAACACUGUAGUUAUUAGACAGUGGAAAAAAAAAUCCUGUUUUUGAUUCAAAUUUUCAAAGCUUUUCUCUUCCCACACUGUGAUAUUUCACCCAUGAAUAGCUUUCACUGAUCACGUGGAGAGUCCAGGAUAACCAGCAGCUUAUUGACAGUAGGUUCAGUCCAAAGAGCAUCCAGGCUCUUCUCUGCAUAUUCUCCAUAUUCUCCAUAUUUCCAAUUUCUGUUGGCAGCAGCAAGUUGUACAUGCACAUACAUAUUCACAUCCAUAUCCUACUCAUAUACUCCUACCUUAUUUUGAUAUGUUUUUAUGUCAUCAUCUAGUGUUGCACAGAUUUUGUGGUUAGCCUGCUAUAAAGAGAACUGAUAUAAUCUCUAAAAAUAAACAUUUUAGCUUCAUGGUAUUUUAGAUGUUUUAAAUUAACUAUAUUAGCUGUUUCCCUCAAGUAAAAAAAGCCCUGUGAGAGGAAACUAUAUUAUCAUAUUUAGGUACUUUAAGGGAUUAAAUGUGUUUGGUAUAUGGGCAGUUUGACAGUGAAUGGACAUUAGACUGUUGUCCAAAAAAAUGGGUUUUAGCACCUAAAGAAGGAAAUUAAUUUUAGGGUUCUGUGACAGGAAAUGGAUAUUAGAACCCACAAAAGGAAAAGAAUUUUACAGUUCAGUCCUGGAAAUGUAUUAGGCUACAAGAGACUCAAACAACAACAAUGUGUAUACUGUAGGUUGCUGCUAAUAUGGCAGUAACAAGCAAUCAGAUGACUAAGGGGAUGCCCAGCACAGUCUGGAGAGCAAAGGCAGCUCAGUUUCCAAAAAGGGGUGUGUACCUUAAGGAUGAGCUGCUGAGGGAUGCAUAAAGAGGAACAGAAAGCAGGCGGGAUAAGAAGACGGCUUUAGCAAGGUGGGAAGAGAGUAAUAAGGCUGCAGGCGAUGUUGAGAGGGAAGCCCAUGCAGUUUAAGGCAGAGAGCAAUCCAGGCCAUUAAAGUGUGACCGGCUGAUAAGCUGGCGGCCUCAGUCUGAAGCCAAAGAGAGCGUAACGCUUCAGUACCUCCAUGGCCCACCGGACGUGGUACCACUGUUCUGCACACCGGCCAGGUUCUAGAUGCCCCUACUGGAGGGAGUGAGGCACUGGGGCAUCCCCGGUGGAAUGUUUGCAGCCAAACUAAGACGGAAAAAUCAAGGGACAAAAUAUGGUAAAUGAGAAAAAAACAGCUUAAAUUCUACUGCUUUCAAUCAGGUAUGAAUGAUACUUAUAUGUGUUUUACAGUGGCUGUUUGUCUGAUAGUAAACAACCCUUUAACACGAUUGUACAAACUAGACUAUGCUGCAGUUCUGUGGUGGGAAUACAUAUACAGUGAGGUCUUAAACUGUAACGGCAGAUAUUACAGUUUGUUUCACAGUUUAUUCUCUAAUGAGAUCCAAGUGUAUGUGUACUUCCCACUGCAUGACCUUCCUGUCUUCUCCCGAAAUGCCAGUACAAACACAAAGCAGGGGUAAUGCACCAUAACUCAGUCCCUGACGAAAAGAAAAUCACACACAUUCCUCAGUGGCCUCGUUUCUCACCAAUACAUCAACUGACUGUUCAAAUUGCUACUUAGAAAUCAUAAAAAGAGGUGUAACUUUAUUCCUGUAGUAGAACUGCCUUUGUUGACAGAUUGUUGACAAAUUAUAUAUUAGAAGGACAGAGAAUUCCUUAAAAAAAGACGCAGUCUUCUUAAAAAGAUGCAAAUGCACUCACAAAGAUUAUGAUUAUGACCAGUAGUUCCGAUUACCAUUAGUAUGCCACAAUAUUUCUAUUUGUAAUUAUGAAUGUAUGGAUAUAUUGAAAUAUAUAUUAAUAAUAAUAUAAUAAAACUAAAUUAUUAUUAUAGGGCAGGUAAAGUUGAAUGUUGAAUUUAUUUUUCAAUUGUAUUUUAGCAAAAAUUAAUAAAGUAUAUGGUGUUUAACA